UUAGGCCGUAUGUAAAUUACCUCCUGGACCUGGAGUAUUAUUUUUCAAUUUAGCCAUUUCACUUUUAGGGGUAAAUCCGGGUUGAAAUUAGGAUCCAUAUUCAACCCGGAUCCUUAAACCCUGCUUAACAAUUCGAUUUCUCAUUUCUUCAGCCAAACCCCUAAUUUCCGAUUCCGUAAAUUACUGCUAUUUUCCCAAUAAAAUCUAGCAUUUCUCCCGCAAUGACACACUAUUUUACCCGAUUCAUUACUCAAUCCCUCACCGGCAUCCCCAAAUCCAUCACACUCAGUCCCCGAAUUGAAACCCCUCUGAAAUGCCAUAAUCUGAUUCGAAGAUUCUCGGAUACAGCUCAGCUGUCGAAGCCUUCCCAACCACAACGAGUAGAUGAGAUCGUUGACGAGCUUUCUGCUCUCACAUUACUCGAAAUAUCUGACCUAGCCGAGGUUCUGAGGCAGAAAUUGGAGAUUGAUGAAAUGCCGAUGAUGGCGGUUAUGAUGCCAGUGAUGGGAUUCGGACCGGGAAUUUCGGGGGCGAAGGAGGAGGAGAAGAAGGUGAAGACGUCCUUCGAUUUGAAGCUCGAGGGCGGCUUCGAUGCGGGUGCGAAGAUUAAGAUUAUUAAGGAAGUGAGGGCGUGCACGGAUCUAGGCUUGAAGGAGGCCAAGGAUUUGGUGGAGAAAGUGCCGACUUUGCUUGAAGAAAGGCGUGACCAAGGAUGAGGCCGAGAAGAUUAUCGGGAAGAUGAAGGAGAUCGGAGCUAAAGUGAUCAUGGAGUGAGGUAAAGUGGUCGAUUCUCAUGUUGUGUUCUACUUCAAAAUGCAGUUGUUGUUUUUUUAAUAAUUUAGAUUUAAUUGAUUCCACAAUGUGAUGGUUCCUAUG